AUGACAGAUGAGUGGACUCUAAAGACCAAGGCCAUGGACAUAAAAACUGUGAGUGCAGACCUUUUAAAAGAGGCCUGCCCAGUGGAUGAUGAGCAGUGUGUAAAGUUAGAGAAGACAGCCAUAAAGAUACAGUCAUGGUGGCGUGGCAACAUGGUCCGCCGAGCGCUACUGGAUGCAGCACUUGGAGCGUGGGCCAUCCAGUGCUGGUGGAGGUCAGUGCAAACCAAGAUAGUGGAGCAAAAACGGCGCUUGGCACUAAAACUCUACACCUGCCAGGAAUGGGCAGUGGUGAAGGUGCAGUCAUACGUCCGCAUGUGGCAGGCCCGCAGACGAUUCCUCCAGGCUCGCCAAGCAGCCUGCAUUAUCCAGACUCACUGGCGCUGGCAUGUCAGCCAAAGCCAAGGUAUGAUCCACAGCCGCUAUGACUACGAGGUCAAAGCCAGCCGGCUGGAGCUUGACAUCGAAAUCCUUAUGACCUAGGGUGCUGGCAAAGCCAGGGGAGGCUGGAUCUCCUUCCCAAUAAAGACACUAACUGAUCA